GUGUAAUCAUAUUAUGGAAAAGUCAAUGUUCAAAAUAACAUCUUUACCUAACAUACAUGGGUCCCACCCACGCUUUCUCACCAACCACACUACAGAAAUUUUCCCAAACUCAAUUCCCUAAUAUACCCCUAAACAACCCAAAAUCCCCACCAACUCCUCUUCCCUCCACCAACUCCUACCCAUCAACCCCAUAUUUAUACUCCAAAUUGUUCACCCAUCAUCUUUAGGUUCAACUCUACAAAACUAAAGUUGAUCCAAAAAAAAUUCCAAUUCCCUUCCCAAAAAAGAAAAAAGAAAAAAAAUCCACUUCAUUUCCAGCAAUGGAGGUUCCCACGAUGCCGGAAGAGAUCGUAUUCCGAUCGAAGCUCCCCGACAUAUACAUUCCGAAGCAUCUCCCGUUACACUCAUACUGCUUCGAGAACAUCUCCAAGUUCAGCUCGCGGCCGUGCAUUAUCAACGGCGCGACGGGCGACGUGUACACGUACGAGGAGGUGGAGAUGACGGCGCGCAAGGUGGCGUCGGGGCUGAGCCAGGUGGGCAUCCAGCAGGGCGAGACGAUCAUGCUCCUCCUCCCCAACACGCCCGAGUACAUCUUCGCAUUCCUCGGCGCGUCCUACAUAGGCGCGGUCUCCACCAUGGCGAAUCCCUUCUUCACCCCGGCCGAGGUGAUCAAGCAGGCCAAGGCCUCCGCGGCCAAGCUCAUCAUCACGCAGGCGUGCUACGUGGACAAGGUGCGCGACUACGCGGCGGAGGCCGGGGCGAAGGUGGUGUGCAUCGACGCGCCGCCGGCCGGGUGCCUGGCGUUCUCGGAGCUGACGGCGGCGGACGAGCGGGAGAUGCCGGCUGUGAAGAUACACCCGGAGGACGCGGUGGCGCUUCCGUAUUCGUCAGGGACGACGGGGCUGCCGAAGGGGGUGAUGCUGACGCACAAGGGGCUGGUGACGAGCGUGGCGCAGCAGGUGGACGGGGAGAACCCGAAUUUGUAUAUCCACAGCGAGGACGUGAUGCUGUGCGUGCUGCCGCUGUUUCAUAUAUACUCGUUGAACUCGGUUUUGCUGUGCGGGCUGCGGGUCGGGGCGGCCAUCCUCAUCAUGCAGAAGUUCGAGAUCGUGCCGUUUCUCGAGCUGAUGCAGAGGUACAAAGUCACGAUUGGGCCCUUCGUGCCGCCCAUAGUGCUGGCCAUCGCCAAGAGCCCGCUCGUCGCCAAAUACGACCUUUCCUCCGUGCGGAUGGUCAUGUCCGGCGCCGCGCCGCUCGGGAAGGAGCUCGAGGAUUCUGUCAGGACCAAGUUUCCUAAUGCAAAACUUGGACAGGGGUAUGGGAUGACUGAAGCAGGGCCAGUGCUAUCGAUGUGCCUAGCGUUUGCAAAAGAGCCAUUUGAGAUAAAAUCAGGAGCAUGUGGAACUGUUGUUAGAAAUGCUGAAAUGAAAAUCAUUGAUCCUCAAACUGGUGUUUCUCUUGGGCGUAAUCAAUCCGGAGAGAUUUGCAUUAGAGGAGACCAGAUUAUGAAAGGUUAUCUGAACGACCCAGAGUCAACAAAGAACACCAUAGACGAAGACGGGUGGCUGCACACUGGCGACAUCGGAUUCAUUGAUGCCGACGACGAGCUCUUCAUCGUGGACCGAUUGAAGGAAAUUAUAAAAUACAAAGGGUUCCAAGUUGCGCCAGCUGAAAUCGAAGCCCUCCUCCUCAAUAAUCCAUACAUCUCCGACGCUGCAGUUGUCUCAAUGCAAGAUGAGCAAGCUGGAGAAGUCCCAGUUGCUUUCGUGGUGAGAUCGAAUGGUUCUACAAUCACUGAGGAUGAAAUCAAGCAAUUUAUCUCGAAACAGGUUAUCUUCUACAAGAGAAUAAAUCGUGUAUUUUUCAUUGAUGCAAUUCCCAAGUCUCCAUCAGGAAAAAUAUUGAGAAAGGAUUUGAGAGCAAGAUUAGCAGCUGCAGUCUAAAAUUAUCAAUGAAAAAGAUCUAUCCAUUAUAUAAUUUCUUUCAGCCUUGAUUUUUUUUUUAAUUCACACAAUAUGGAAAUUUAAAGACCAAUGCUUGUAUAUUACUUGUGGAUGUUGAGGUUUAAAAUUUGUUGUGGGAACAAGAUCAUUGAAGAAAUAUCAUGGCAAUACUACAACAGGGGCCAUAUAUAUAUAUAAAUGUUUCUUUAUUUA